UCUCUUCUCUUCUCUUCUCUUCUCUUCUCUCACACACUUCGCACACUCGCACUCGAAUCACACACACAAAUCUCAGGCAACGAACACACAAACCAGUGGGUGUGAGAAGAAGAGUGAGCGAUAACUGAUAACGUUUCUUGUUUGUUAUCGCUGCAUUUUCUCUCUCACCUUCGCAUCUCAGAUCGAACAAAUCCAGGCAGCGUUGGAUUGCGCUGGUGAUGUUCGUGCGGACUAGAUAGCUAGCUACAUGGUGGAGACGGGAGAGGGACAUUUUAGAUACUGCUGUCUCAGAUGACUUUUGUUAGUUAUAUCAAUUUUGAACAGUUUUGCUAUGGGCAUUUGUCUGAUAAAAUGGCAAUGGCUGUGGCGGCUUCUUUUUGUUUCGCUGAUACAUGUUGUAACUUAUAAAAGUGAAGCAACCAGUCCUGAUGGUGAGGUACUUCUCAGCUUCAGGACAGCAGUUGUUAAUUCUGAUGGUUUAGGAUGGAGGCCAGAGGAGCCGAACCCGUGUAAAUGGAAGGGAGUGAAAUGUGAUCCAAAAACCAAGAGAGUAACGCAUCUGAGUCUAUCUCACCGUAGGUUAAGUGGCUCUUUAUCACCUGACCUUGGGAAGCUAGAGCAUCUGAGAGUUCUUGCUCUUCAUAACAACAACUUCUAUGGGAAAAUUCCAUCAGAAUUGGGAAAUUGCACUGAAUUGGAAGGAAUAUUUUUACAGGGCAAUUACCUUGGUGGAAUGAUUCCAAGUGAAAUAGGAAACCUUUCACAGCUUCAAAAUUUGGAUUUAUCAAGCAAUUCCCUUGAUGGGAAUAUUCCAGCAUCACUUGGGAAGUUGGAGAACCUCAAAUACUUUAAUGUAUCAGCCAAUUUUCUGGUCGGACCAAUACCUUCGGACGGUAUCCUUGCCAAAUUUGCUGGAAGCUCCUUUGUUGGAAAUCGCGGUUUGUGUGGAGCGCAAAUCAGUUCAACAUGUAAAGAUGGCUCGCCUGGGACAAAUACAUCUAAUUCCUCGGAUUCAAAUCAAAAUGGAAAGAAGAAAUAUUCUGGCCGGCUGCUCAUCAGUGCAUCAGCAACUGUGGGUGCACUACUUUUGGUGGCACUAAUGUGUUUCUGGGGUUGUUUUCUUUAUAAAAAGUUUGGUAAAAAUGAUAGAAUAAGUCUGGCAAUGGAUGUCGGUGCAGGUGCUUCAAUAGUGAUGUUUCAUGGAGACCUACCAUAUUCUUCGAAAGACAUUAUUAAGAAACUAGAGACUUUGAAUGAGGAACAUAUAAUAGGGGUAGGGGGAUUUGGAACCGUUUACAAGCUUGCAAUGGAUGACGGCAAUGUAUUUGCUUUGAAAAGGAUUGUAAAGUUGAAUGAGGGCUUUGAUCGUUUUUUUGAGAGGGAGCUUCAAAUUCUUGGUAGCAUCAAACACCGUUACCUAGUGAACUUACGAGGAUAUUGCAAUUCACCUACGUCAAAGUUGUUAAUAUAUGACUACCUACCUGGUGGUAGUCUCGAUGAAGUUCUUCAUGAAAGAUCUGAGCAACUAGACUGGGAUUCACGCUUGAAUAUAAUAAUGGGGGCUGCAAAAGGGCUGUCGUACUUACACCAUGAUUGUUCCCCUAGAAUCAUACACCGAGAUAUAAAAUCGAGCAACAUUUUACUUGAUGGAAAAUUGGAUGCUCGGGUCUCAGAUUUUGGACUUGCAAAACUUCUGGAGGAUGAAGAAUCUCACAUCACCACAAUUGUUGCUGGGACAUUUGGUUAUCUUGCUCCAGAGUAUAUGCAAAGUGGCAGAGCAACUGAGAAGACUGAUGUGUAUAGUUUUGGUGUGCUGACACUUGAAGUGCUGAGUGGAAAGCGGCCAACAGAUGCAUCGUUCAUUGAAAAGGGUCUCAAUAUUGUUGGUUGGUUGAAUUUUCUUAUUACGGAAAAUAGGGCGAGGGAAAUUGUGGAUCCACUGUGUGAGGGGGUGCAGGUAGACAGCCUUGAUGCCUUGCUCACUAUGGCGAUUCAGUGUGUUUCCUCAAGUCCAGAGGAUCGACCCACGAUGCACCGAGUGGUCCAGUUGCUAGAAUCGGAGGUCGUAACUCCAUGCCCAAGUGACUUCUAUGAUUCCGACUAGAAAGCUCGCGAAGAUAAAUUGGACAGUAUGUUGUGUUUGCAUCCAUGUCACUGCAAAUUGCUUGGAAGUCAGAAGCGAAGAAAGAGGCUCAGAAUCUACAGUGCCACUUUUUAUAUCGAUUGCAUUCAUUCUUAAGGUUUGUGAUGACAGAUGUCUUCAUUAGACCACUUCGCGACAGAAUUUGUGGUCCUCUGUCGGAUGUCAUCAUUGGACAUGUUCAUGCAUUUCUUUGUCUUCUGAGUUGCAUGUGUAACUUGAUAGUGGUUCUCCCUUCCUAUUUCGUUUUCCCACUCUUGUUAGCAUUUGUAAUCUUAGUCACAUUUGUCCUCUCCAAUUUAAGUGUAUAUGAAUGUGUACAAGCUCAGAAAGUCUACUUUUGCAAGUGAUUCUUGUUAUUUUUUUUGUAAUAUAUGUUUCCACAAAAGAAUUCAUCAAAAGAUGCUGGUUUCACUUGUCUGUAAA